AUGACAGAACCUAAAAAAGAAGCUAUUGAGGCAAUGUCAGAAUGUGGUCUAAGACCAAUGGAGUCUUAUAGGUAUAUGUCAACAGAAACUGGCGGAGACGACUGUGUAGGUCAUACGAUGAUUGAUCAUCUAAACUACUGCUACAAGUUAAAAAUGAAGCAAAUUGAUGGCAAGGAUUCACAAACACUAGUGAACAAACUGUAUGACAUACAAUCAAUAGAUCCCGAGUUCUUUUUAGAAACCAAUAAGUACAAUCUCAUAUGUGCUCCAUUUGUUGGUAUCAAUAACCAGUGGAAAAACACAAUGUAUGCUUGUGCUUUCAUUGGGGAUGAAACCACCGAAUCUUUCGUUUGGGUGUUUGAAACUUUUCUGAAGGCUAUGGGAGGAAAGCACCCUAUAUCAAUUUUCACUGAUCAAGAUGCAGCUAUUGCUGCUGGAAUAGAACAUGUUUUUCCUUCUUCAAGACACAGGUUGUGCUUGUGGCACUUGAGUAAAAAUGCAAACAGUAGGUUUGGUUUAUUGAAGUCUGAUAAAAACUUCAAAAACGCAUUCUACAAGUGUUUAAUUGGGUGUAUAACACCAAAUGAUUUUGAAGAAACUUGGAAAUCUAUGAUCAACACUUUUAAGCUGGAAAAAGAUGACUGGUUCAACAGAUUGUAUGGCCUUUUGCACAUUUAA